GUCAAAAAGGGCCGUCUAGGUCAUGCAAACCGGCGAAGUUCAUUCGAAGCACAUCAUCGAUAACUUUGUACUUAGAAACCGUCCCUUGAUCUUGUGGAGUGAACUCUAUACAAAAACUUAUGAGCGAACCACUUUAGAUCAUUUGAUGCAAGCUCACGCACCAAUGGAAAUGGCAUCGCAGAACGCCCAUCAACCGGUUCAAUCGGGGCCAUCGCGUACGGAUCCGGACCCGGAAGAGUACCUCAACGAUCCAAGAUUCCACCAGUCCUUCACCUUACCCCCCGGCAACGACCGCCCGGAUCCAUUCAAAGUCACGUAUUGCGACUACGGAUAUCGCAACCUGGACAACCCAGAGCGCGAGCAUGUCCUGCUCCUCUGCGGCCCCCUCCUGGGAAGCCGCUACCUUCACAUCGCCAAAGACGCCCUGGCAAAGAAACACAAGGUCCGCAUAAUCCACCCAGACAGACCAGGCUUCGGCGGCACAACCCUCGUCGACGCGCCCGACCGCGUCCGCCUCUGGCUCGAAAUCGUGCCCGCCCUCCUCGCGCACCUCUCCGUCCGCCACGUCUCGCUGGCCGCCCACAGCGGCGGCACAAUCUACGCCCUCAACACGGUCCUCCACCUGCGUCACCUGCUCUCCCCCGAGCGCCCCUACGUGGCCCUCGCCGCGCCGUGGGUCCACCAGUCCCGCUCGGGUGCCACGCUCAUGACGCUCGCGGGCGGGCUGCCGGAGACGGUGCUGGGCGGCUUCCACACGCUCGCCGGGUUCUCGCUGAAGCAUGUUGCGCCUCUGGCGGGCGCGGUGAGUGGGGUUUUCCCUAGUAUGCAGGCCGUGAGCGGGCUGCUGCCUGCGUCGAUGCGGAUGGGCUCUGCUGCCGAUCCUACGCCUCCUCCUGCGGUGGAAAUGAACCCUAUGGCAGAGUUUGAAGAGAAGAUUUGGCCGCAGCUCAUUCAAAAGGUGUAUUCUGAGGAUACGAGAGGGCUCAGCCAGGAUGCCAUUUUGCUGCUGAAGAGGGCGGGGCACUCGGAUUACUGGGGCUCAUGGAAGGACUAUGACGAGCUCGUCACCCUGCUGGCGGAGGCUGAACACAAUCUUGAUGCUGGCGUCAAGGGCGCUGCAAAGCUCAAGGUUGAUGUGUUUUGGGCGGAGGAGGACCAGAUGAUUGGUGUUGAUAAGGGUCCCAAGUGGUUUGAGGAUUGCUGGAGGGCUGAGCAGCGCCGUGACGUGAUUGAGUUUUCUAGCUGCGUUGUUCCCGGGACUGAUCAUGAUGGUAUCAUCGAACUGAAGUUUGAUGUGUUUGAGAGGAUAUUCCGUCAAGUUGGCGAAAGUAGCGAGGAAGGGGAUUCGGGCUUGCCAUCUGCGGCAUAGCAGGAGACGGAAUGUACAAUUAGAGGUGCUAGCAGAAUAAUCUGUAACUUCACCACGAGGAGCACCUCCAUAGUCGACAUGUUUGCCGGAACGCUGGUAUACAUGGCAGACCUCGCAAUUCAGA